AGAGAGAGAGUGACGUGUUCCGCGCGCUCCCGUGAACGAUACCUUCGCUGUGCUGAAAACAUGGACUCCAGUUCUCGUCGUUUCUCGCUGUUUGACAUCGUUUUUCUCGUUCUAACGUGCCAUUUCGUGCAAGGAGAGGACUCUGCUGAAUGUCCUGGAGAUGGACGCAUGUGGUUGCCAUUCGGACUCAGCUGCUAUCACUUCGUCCAUGGAGAAGAGGACAUCGCCAAAAGCUACUACCUUCAAGAUGCGAAAGACAUGUGCAGAGGAUAUGAUCUCGUGACAGUAAAAAGUGCCGAGGAGAAUGACUUCAUUAUUAAGUACACCCCUUCUGUAUGGAAAAGCAGAAUGAGCAUCUGGCUUGGGAUGUACUACGACAGCGACAAAGAUGUCUUCAGGUGGCAUGAUGAUAACAGUGUGUUGAGCUACAGUAACUGGGAGGACGGCGGCUCUGACGACACUGAUCUGGUGCUCUUGGACACGUGUGUCGUUCUUCACUCCGAGACGGGGAAGUGGGAAAACGUCAGCUGCACGGAAGAGCCUGAGAACGGAGUAGUGUGUAAGACCAAGGCAGUCUGGAAACGUCCACCUAAGGGCAGUCCUCUUCUGUCAGCUCUGGUCAUCAUCAGCGUGGUGCUGAUUGUGCUCAUUUCUGCCGUGGUUUGGUUCAUUCACCAAAGAAACGACUCUGGUUCAUCCGUCCUCAACCUGAUGGAGUACCACCUGCCCUUCAGAUCCCCGUCCACCGAUCAGGCCGGUUUGAUCCAAGCUGAAGAAAUCGAGGCGGUGCCUUAGUGUUUUCAUCCAUGCCCGGGUGAGAAUAAUCAGCAGGGGUUUAUGGGAGAUUGUAAACUCACUGGUUCCUCCGUGGCGGUCCACGCAGAACAAAACAAGACCGUCUUGACUCAAAUGAUCUGUUUCUCUGAGAUGGGAAAAUACUGAUCUGUCUCAAUGCCAUGUGUGAAAUAAACCUAAAACAGUUGCUGGGAUUUUAUUACGCAGGAAAAUUAAGCACAUUGAUCUUUCCUUCUCCUUAUAUAUAUAUAGAUGUUGCAUGAUGAAAAUGGAUUAAAAAAUGUAAUGUAAAAAAUAGAAUUGUAUAUUAUGUUUAUAUUAUAAAAUGUGUAUAUAUAAUCUGAAAAAAUAAGAUGAAUAUAUGUUAUUUCUAAAAUUUUUAUUAAACAUUUAUAUUAUUAUAUACAUUUUCAUCACCAUCAUCUUGAAGUCAUAAAUCAGUUCAAGUCCUCAUCGCAGCUCCUAAAGCUUUGGAUUAUUUGUUAAUGUUUUAGGUGCCAAAUUUGUCUGUUUCUUUGUUUUGUAAGUUUUGUCAGAUUUCUUCCUGUGGAGGACCAGUAUUUAUUUCCUGGCUUUCUCAGCUGAAAAGGUUACAAAUAUGUGUUUGUCACUGUAUAUGCACAUCAAUUUUGUAAAUACAAAAAAUUAAUGAUUGCGAAUCACAAUUAUUAUUUUUUUUUUUUUUGUGAUGUUAUUGUUGUUUUUAUUUUUUGGAUUUGCCACUAACAGUCUUCUUUGUCUUUAUUGUUAUGAAUGAAUCCAAUUGUGAAAACAUUGAUUAAGGCUUUAUUUAUCCAUGCAUGAACAACAAGCCAUUUCUCAAAGAGAAACUAAUGAAGUCUUGGUUUUUUAUAAUGAAUAAAGAUUCGUCAAACA